AUGAACCAAAAUGGCGCUAUUAGGGAGGACAUGCUCUCUUCGCAAGCUACAGUAAGUGCGAACCUCUCUUCCCAGGACGCCGUGGGUACCAUUCAGGAACUUCAUAUCAAAAGGGAUCAAAAUUUGAUAUUUGCAGAUUCUUUAAUAAAUACACUUAACAGUGAAGCAUACCAAGCUACAACUGUUCAAGAACUUCCUUUUAUAAGCACUCCUCAUACGAAUGCCCACAGACAUUUGACGAAUCUCUAUCCGCCGUCAUUAUCGGUAUCGUUUGCUAAAACUGUGAUAGUGAAAUCUGAUCCUUUCACAGACCCACAGUUUAACAGUGAUGAUGAGAGAGACUCUGAAGGCAAGAUUCGAGUACGCGUCAUACGUAAUGGCAUGAUAACGACAGAGGCAAUGGAUCCGUACCGCCUAGCCCAUCUCUAUGCCCUGAGGCAGGCUGCAUUGAGGCAAGUGCGAGGGGAAUACUCUCCUCUCGAGGUGCCGGAGUGGGUUAGGCAGUAUCCUUUUCUGGGAGCUUACUUGGCAGAAGCUUUUGGGACCUUUGCGUGUACCUUGACGCUUUUGUUCGCAGUCGCUUCCAACAAGCCCGUCUUUUCCUUAUCAGGCGACUCUAGCAUCAUGUGCCUUCCCAUAGGCUUUAUAUUUAUGAGCAUGAUAUCGGCAUUUUUCUACAUUUCCGGGGGACAUUUCAAUCCUGCCCUAUCCAUCGCCAUCGCGCUUGUUCGCAAGCUGAAGCCUUCCCACUGUGUUUGGUACAUUGUUUGCCAGGUCGCGGCGGCAUUUGUGGCUGGAGCGACAGCCAUAUUUAUCCAGAACAGCAAGGACAUCUACGUACCGAAGAUUAUUCAGUCUUCGGUGCAAAAUGAGCAUUUUUUAGACCUAAUUUAUACCUUUAUCAUGGUGUUUGUGAUGCUUCACACCGGCUACGCGCAGCGCUCCGGCCAGUCUUUUGUGGGCCUGGCGACUGGCAUGGCCCUGAUCGCAAGCGUCGCGGCGAUGGGCUCGAUCUCGAGCGGUGUGUUGAAUCCCGCGGUGGCGACGGGCCUGCAGGUAGCCUUAUGUCUUGCCGGGAAUUGCGAUAGCCUGAAGAACUCUUGGAUAAAUUGGGUGUCCCCGGUUUUGGGAGCCGCCUUGGCAGCCUUCAUUUUUUCUCAUACGUGGCAGCCAACAGAGGAUGACGGGGAUUUUGAUUCGUAG